AUGGAGAAUUAUGAGAAUCAGCCUGUCAAUACUGGAGACCAGGGAGGACUUGGUACUGAGGUUGAACAUGGAUCAAUAGGUGAAGAAUCAUCCCAGAGGCUACUGCCAGGUGAUCGUAAGCGACCAGCAUGUUCGCAUUGCUUGGAACGGGGAGUGCCAUGUGUGUACUCACUGAGACGCCGCAAGCCUGGACCGCCGCGUGGAUCAACCUAUGAGCGGGUCUCAACUCGCUCUCGACCACCUGCACACACAUCCGCUGAGGCUCAAGAGACUGUGGGGCAGCAUCAAUCGCGAUCAGCCCCAUCGUUCGUUGAACCCUCGGGCGGAGCAAGUGCAAUUCACCAUUCGGCAUUUGCAAUUGACAUUACGCUGGAACAAGAGUCUCACUUGAUUGAGCACUAUUUUGAGAUCGUUCAAGAUGCAAAUCCUAUCUUUUCCAAGUCCAAGUUCCUUCAGGAGUAUCGUGAAGAUCGGUGUAACAAAGAUCUAGUCUCUGCGAUUGUCAUCAUCACAGCAAAGCUUAGUGGACUACCGUUACUUCCGGACGAAUCCGAUCUCAAUGAAAGUAUUGACAGGAUGCUGAGCUCAAGUUUGCUGGAGGAUGAUAUGGUCGGUGAUUUCCCGUCUCUUGAUCAGUUCCGAAAAGCAUGUGUGUUAGCAUUCUAUGAAUUCCAUCAAUUCCCCGGCCAUCAAUCAUGGAAACGCAUAGGAAAUCUAACACGACUGGGCUACCGUAUCGGACUUGAUCGGCUUGAAGGCAUACGCGCUCUGUAUCCAGACUGGCGCUGUCUCAGUCUAGAUGAAAUCCAAGAAUGGCGUUCAAUUUGGUGGUGCAUCUACCGUUUGGAUACAUACUCAAACCUCUCCGCCGGAACCCCAUUCUUAGUUGAUCCCGAGUUCACGAAUACAUCUUUAAUACUGAACUCUAGUGCAUCGGAUCCAAAUCCCCAGGAGCUAUUUCUUCCAGCAGGACUUGAAGAUCUAUGGAAAUUGAUCCCGACCAUAGUUGCGAAUCCUGAAACACUUAUGAAGAACAUUCAUAUAAUAUCGAUCGCAGCAACACGCCAGGCAGGAUUGGUUGCACGUGCAUUCUUGUGUCGAAGAAACUCGGAUAUCGGUACACGAUUGGCUAAUACUGAGAAACAUCUUUCGACAUUACUCCUUGCGCUCCCACAAGGAUGGUUCAAUCCGCGAAGAAAUGCCUUCGCCAAUGAGUCUCAUGAGUUUUACCACGGAAGAUCGAUCACGGUACUCCAUUUUCUUAUGACUCGAUUCCUCCUUGCAAUAGUUGGCUGCGGCCAGGAGGAGGGUGAAGCGUGGUUCAUAAGCUGGCAGAAAGUCCUAGAAAUUUGUCAAGAUAUCUCUGCGACUGUUGCGCAGUGGGACAACUCAUUCUUCGUGAAGGUAGAUCCAGCCAUAUCCUUUAUCAUCUUUACGGCCCUUAUUUUCUUCGAUUUGCAUAAGAAGUCAGCAACGGCUGCCUCUGGACUUGAUGGGGUAUCGGCUUCUGAUCUCCGUUUAGCUAUUGAACAUCAGCAGAAUGUUCUGCGACUGCAGCUGGAGCAAUUUGCGAAAUUUUGGAUGUUGCCUCGACUUCUUUGCUGUAUGUUCAUUUGCGUUCAAUUCUUAUACAAAUUGGCUGGAUAUGCUGACCUUUUUUUAAGUAUCUUUCGCUGGAUUUAUUGA